AUGGCAGUAAACGGGUUGAGUGGUCAGCAUACGAACAAUGUGCCCCUCUGGAUUGACAACAAGCCUGUGCAGUCGAAGAAGACGUUUCCCGUUUUCAAUUCGACGACACAGAAGGAAGUAUGGACCGCAUCGUCUGCCAGUGUGGAAAUUGCUAGGGAGGCUGUUGAUUCUGCUUCCAAAGCCUUUCAAUCAUGGACUCACACCCACCCAACAGACAGGAGACGCAUCUUCUUCAAGGCUGCAGAAUUGUUCAGAUCUCGCGCAGACGAAAUUAUUGAAACCAUGGUUCAAGAGACCAAUUGCCCCAGACAAUGGGCUGCUGCAAUCAACGUGCACUUGGGGGUCGAGUUUUUGGAAGAAUUUGCCAGCCUUGCCACAACUUGCAGCAUGGGUUCGUUACCAACGACAGAAAGCGAAAAUCGCUUGGCUCUUGUCUUCAAGGAACCGUAUGGAGUAGUACUCGGGAUUGCUCCAUGGAACGCAGCAUUCAUCCUGGCCCUUCGAGCAGUAACCCCACCGAUCAUAUGUGGAAAUACCGCUGUGCUCAAGGCAUCAGAACUGUGUCCCAAGACCCACAACAUCAUUGGUCAAGUUUUCCGCGACGCAGGCCUGCCGUCUGGGGUGUUAAAUAUCAUCCAGCACUCCCGUGAAGACGCUGCUGAAGUAGUAAAUGCCUUGAUAGCGCACCCUGCAGUUCGCAAAAUUAACUUUACCGGAUCAACGGCGGUAGGAAGGAUCAUCGCACAGCAGGCAGGCCGUCACCUCAAGCCUGUUUUGCUAGAGCUAGGUGGCAAAGCUUCGUGCAUUAUCCUUGAAGACGCAGACCUGGUCAAAGCCGCAAAGGCCGUGGUGAUGGGAGGGUUCUUGCACCAUGGACAAACCUGCAUGGCCACGGAGCGAGUGAUUGUUAUGCGUCCGGUUGCGGAGAAAUUCUUGGAGAUACUCAAGAAGGAGGCCCAAGCAUUUGUCGCAGGCAACGCUGUGUCCAUUGACGGGGCGAAGCGAACGGAGUCCUUGGUUCAAGCUGCGGUGGACCAGGGCGCUCACCUAGAAUUCGGACAUGUCUCUCGUCUCAAUGCAUCCCUCCAACCGACAAUCCUCAGUGGUGUAACAAAGGACAUGGCAUUAUUUCAUGACGAGAGCUUUGGGCCAACUCUGACCUUGACAACAGUGGACACUGUUGAUGAAGCCGUUGCCUUGGCCAACGACACGGGUUACGGUCUCUCGACGAGCAUAUUCUCCCAGAACAUCCCAAGAGCGCUGAAGUGUGCAAGACGGAUGGAGACCGGGGCCUGCCAUAUCAAUUCAAUGACGAUCCAUGAUGAGCCGUGCUUACCGCAUGGAGGAUCGAAACAGAGCGGAUUCGGUAGAUUCGGUGCCCAAUGGGGAAUGGACGAGUUUCUCCAAGUUAAGACCAUAACAAUCCUAGACGAAGGAAAUAGAAACAGAGGUCCUGCACUACCUGCCAUUCUCGGCCAUGAAGGUUCUGGGGUGGUUGAACAGGCCGGCUCCGAGGUGAAACACGUCGCUGUUGGCGAUCAUGUGCUUCUAUCGUUCAGUUACUGUGGGAGUUGCGUCCCUUGCCGACGAGGAAACGUGGCAUACUGUCGAAAAGGGCCUCAUUUUAAUUUUGGGGGGUCCCGUCUGGAUGGGAGCAAGCCAUUCUCUCUCAACGGGACCGAGAUCAACUCAUCUUACUUUGGCCAGUCCUCCUUCGCCGCUCGCUCGAUUGUGAGGGGAGUCUGUGCGGUGAAGGUCCCGCCAAACGUCCCGCUAGACAUUCUUUGCUGUCUGGGUUGUGGUAUUCAGACAGGAGCUGGCACCGUCUUGAAUCUUCUCAAGCCCUUCGUGGGAGCAUCAGUUGCUGUAUUCGGAGUCGGGUCGGUCGGGCUUGCGGCAAUCAUGGCGGCGGCCAAUUUCACACCUGCCACAAAAGUUAUUGCUAUUGAUAUCGUGGAUUCCAGACUGCAGCUUGCGACAGAGCUAGGCGCGACGCACACGAUCAAUUCGACUGGGAAAGACGUGGUUGCAAUGAUCAAGGACGUCACAAACGGCGAGGGUGUCGAUUGUGCACUCGAUGCGACGGGAAACGUUGCUGUCAUCGAGUCUAUGAUCGCGGCAGCAGCGAACAAUGGAACAGUGGCAACAGUCGGAGGAGCGCCCAGGGGGAAGUUUGUCAAUAUUGAAGCGGCUGCCUGGAUAGGGAGAAACGUCAGUUACGUUGGCUCAUGUCAGGGGUCUUCAUUUCCACGAGAGUUCCUCCCGAUUCUCGUCGAUUUUUGGAGCCAAGGGCGAUUUCCAAUAGAUCGCCUGGUCACCAAGUACCCCUACACCGAGAUCAAUCAAGCAAUCGCUGAUAUGCACCAUGGGAAAUGCAUAAAGCCAGUGCUGGUAUGGGAAUGA